CCCGAAAAUAAUAUCUUACCCGAAAAAAAAGAAAAAAAAAACGGGAAAUGAAAGAUUUAUGAUUAUAGUGAGGAGAUUCAGAUCCAUGAACGCCUGAGAAUGAGUUCGUCGUGUUUUCCCCUUUCUUCACUGAAAUUACGCUUUCGAUUUCUAUCUAUGAACCCUAAAUUUGCUCGCUUUAUUUAAUAAUCCUCCAUUUUUCUUCACAUCUUUGUAAAUUUCUUCAGCUAAAUCGAAAAUGUAUAUGGCGUAUGGAUGGCCGCAUGUUAUGCCAAUUGAAUCAGGACUUUGUCCUUCUUCUCAACGGAUCGUAUAUCUUAAAGUUAUUAAUGGAUUAUUUCUUGUUGUUACUCCUACUCAUUUGGAGCUUUGGAGUUCUUCUCAGCAUAAGGUGAGGCUAGGGAACUAUAAAAGGGAUUCCAGCUCAAUCCAGAGAGAAGGUGAGAAUAUACAGGGCGUGUGGAGUCCAGAUGCAAAAUUGAUUGCUAUUCUUACAUCUUCCUUCUACCUUCACAUAUUUAAGGUUCAAUUCACUGAUAGAAGAAUACACAUUGGAGGAAAGCAGCCAUCAGCACUGUUUCUUGCAAAUGUUAAUCUUGUUCUGAAUGAGCAGGUCCCUUUUUCUGUCAAGGAUUUAGCAGUGAGCAAUAUUGUAUGUGAUAGUAAGCAUUUACUGAUGGGACUCUCGAAUGGAUCCUUGUAUACUAUAUCAUGGAAAGGGGAGUUCUGUGGUGCUUCUUUCAUUGACUUACAUUUGGGUGAGAGUAACGAGAUAAUUGAAGGGUCAUAUUCUUUUCAAAAUGGUAACAGUGCAGGAAGAAGUCUAGAAGUAAAUGAUAUGGGUCCAACUAUAUCUGGGCUUGCCUCAAUUGUAAGGUUGGAGUUUUCAUUAUUACUGAGGAUGCUAAUAGUCCUUUUCGGUGAUGGGAAACUUGUAGUGUGCUCUUCGAGCAAGAGGGGCCUUAAGCAAGCUGAGUCUAUCAAAGCCGAAAAGAUUUUGGGUUCAGGUGAUGCUGUGUGUGCUUCUGUGGCUUCUGAUCAACAAAUUCUUGCAGUGGGUACUAAAAGAGGGGUUGUUGAGUUGUAUGAUCUUGCUGGAUCAGUCUCUUUAAUACGUAGUGUUUCCUUGUAUGAUUGGGGGUAUUCUGCUGUGGAUACUGGUCCUGUCAGUUGUAUCGCAUGGACACCUGAUAAUGCUGCCUUUGCCGUUGGUUGGAAACUAAGAGGACUUACUGUUUGGUCUGUGUCAGGAUGUCGUUUAAUGUCUACUAUCCGUCAAGUUGGUUUGAGCUCUGUCUCUUCCCCUGUGGCUAAGCCAAACCCAGACUGGAAGUUUGAACCCUUAAUGGCGGGAACUGCAGCAAUACACUGGGAUGAAUAUGGAUACAAGCUGUACGCAGUGGAGGAAAAAUCUUCAGAGAGAAUUCUGGCAUUCUCAUUUGGUAAAUGUUGCCUUAACAGAGGAGUUUCAGGCUCAACAUAUGUUCGCCAAGUAAUUUAUGGUGAAGACCGUUUGCUGCUUGUGCAGUCAGAGGAGACAGAUGAGCUUAAAAUGUUGCACCUUAAUCUUCCAGUCUCUUAUAUCUCACAGAACUGGCCAGUUCUACAUGUAGCAGCUAACAUAGAUGGAACAUUUUUGGCAGUUGCUGGUCUUCAUGGGCUGAUACUUUAUGACAUACGUUUGAAAAAAUGGCGCUUCUUUGGAGAUAUUACACAAGAACAGAAGAUUGAGUGCAAGGGUUUGUUGUGGUUGGGGAAAAUUGUUGUUGUCUGCAAUUAUGUUAAAUCAUCAGAUACGUAUGAGUUACUGUUUUAUCCUAGAUAUCAUCUUGAUCAAAGCUCAUUAUUGUGCAAAAAACCAUUGUUGACAAAGCCAAUAGUCAUUGAUGUUUAUCAGGAUUAUAUACUUGUGGCCUACCGUCCAUUUGACAUCCACAUAUUGCACGUAAAAUUAUCUGGUGAACUAACACCGACAAGUAAUCCUGAUUUACAGCUUUCUACAGUACGAGAGCUUUCAAUCAUGACCGCAAAAAGCCCUCCAGCAUCUAUGCGGUUCAUACCAGAUCAUUUUAAGGGUUACACUUCCAUAAACCACAAGUCAUCUCAAGAACCUGUGAGAUGUUUGAUAUUGCGUGCAAAUGGGGAUAUGUCCCUUCUAGAUAUGGAUGAUGGGCAUGAACUGGAACUUACAGAUUCUGUUGAAUUAUUUUGGGUUACAUGUGGCAAAUCAGAUGACAAUGAAAAUCUCAUUGAAGAAAUUUCUUGGUUGGAUUAUGGUCAUCGAGGAAUGCAGGUCUGGUAUCCAUCUCCAGGUGCUGACCCUUUCAAGCAGGAAGACUUUUUGCAGUUGGAUCCUGAUUUGGAAUUUGAUCGUGAAAUAUAUCCUAUGGGACUGCUUCCAAAUGCUGGCGUGGUAGUUGGCGUUUGCCAGAGAAUGUCGUUUUCUGCUUGUACAGAGUUUCCAUGUUUUGAACCAUCUCCUCAGGCACAAACUAUAUUACAUUGUUUGCUUCGUCAUCUUCUUCAGAGAGACAAGAUUGAGCAAGCUUUAAAAUUAGCACAAUUAUCAGCAGAAAAGCCCCAUUUUUCCCAUUGCCUUGAGUGGCUCCUUUUUACUGUAUUUGAAGCUGAAAUUUCAAGGCAAAGCAUGAAUAAAAAUCAGAAGGUUGUUUCCAAUCACAAGUCUAUUAAAUCUCUCCUGGAGAAGACGUGUGACUUGAUUCGGAAUUUUCCUGAAUAUCACAAUGUUGUUGUGAGUGUUGCUAGGAAAACAGAUGGUCGACAUUGGGCAGAGUUGUUUUCUGCAGCUGGUAGAUCAACAGAGUUGUUUGAGGAGUGUUUCCAGAGAAGAUGGUACCAGACAGCAGCUUGCUAUAUACUCGUUAUCGCUAAACUUGAAGGCGUUGCAGUCAGCCAGUACUGUGCUUUGCGCUUGUUACAGGCAACUCUUGAUGAUUCUUUGUAUGAACUCGCAGGAGAACUGGUGAGGUUUUUGCUCAGAUCUGGAAGAGAGUAUGAGCAGGCACCUACAGAGUCUGAUGGAGUUUCUCCUAGAUUUUUGGGUUAUUUUCUUUUCUCUUCAAAGAAGCAAGCAGUUGAUUCCAAGAGCUCAAAUAAAGAGCAUACUGCUCAUAUUGCUUCUGUUAAAAAUAUUUUGGAAAGCCAUGCUAGCUAUCUGAUGUCCGGGAAGGAGUUGUCAAAGCUUGUUGCGUUUGUCAAGGGCACUCAAUUUGAUGUGGUGGACUUCCUUCAACGAGAAAGAUAUGGCUGUGCCCAUUUAGAAAAUUUCGCUUCAGGUCUUGAACUGAUUGGGCAAAAGCUCCAUAUGGGUACACUUCAGAGUCGCUUGGACGCAGAAUUUCUUUUGGCUCAGAUGUGCUCUGUCAAAUUUAAAGAGUGGAUAGUUGUCCUCGCCACAUUGUUAAGAAGAUCUGAGGUAUUAUUUGAUUUAUUUCGGCAUGAUGCACGUUUAUGGAAAGCGUAUUGCUACACUCUUCAGUCACAUCCACCUUUUGUCGAGUAUCAUGAUUUGCUCAAAGACUUAGAACAAAGGCUUGCAUCGCUUCCAAAUUUUCAGGAGAUAUAAGAACUUAGACCAAAGACUUGCAUCCAUUCCAAAUUUCCAGGAGAUAUAACGUCAAAGUAGCAUUGUUACACUAGCGCUCACCCUGAUUCCCGAUGUUGUGUCGUAGGCUUCUGGUCGCUAUUCAUUUCGGUAGUUUUCACUUAACAGGGUACCUAUCACCUGUCGAAUAUGCGUUGAAGCGCAGCUUAGCAGAUAAUGUGUAUCAUUCUUUUUUUCCCCUCACAUCUGUAACAUUUACUUAUAAUCUCAAUUAGAUUAUAGAAUCUUCACCAGUUGUAUAUAGAAGCUAGAGCUUAGGUUACAGCCAUGAAACAGUGAAUUGCUGCUGGUAGUUGACAACCCUGGAUCAAUAUAUGGCUUGUAUACUGUUUUUGUAUUGAUUGAAUGAUAUUAAUGUGGAUUUCUUAAAUAAAAUGGAAAGCUUCCUUGUCA